AUGUCGUCGGUACACGAGCUGUUCGAGGAGUACUCGGGCAAGACUGUGCCCUACUCCUUCCAUGCCGGCUUUGUCUGCCUCAGCUACGCCGUCAGUCUGGUCGGCGCUGGCUCAACAUUAGAACUGAUGAGACGAAGGACGUCACACAAAGGUUUUCACAACUUCUUCCUGCUGGCUGGUGCAGCCAUGUGCAUGGGCGGCAUCGCAAUCUGGUCCAUGCAUUUUAUCGGAAACCGAGCUCUGUUCAUCUUUGAAGGCCAAGGAGAUCUUCAGGUGGCCUACUCGACUGGCCUGACGGUGGCUUCCAUGUUUGUGCCCAUUUUGGUCCUUCUCCUCGCUUUCCUCGCCGUCACAAACAACGAUCGCGUCCAAUGGUGGAAGAUUUCCCUUGCUGGCAUCCUGUCCGGAGGAGCCAUUUGCGGCAUGCACUACCUGGGAAACGCGUCCAUCAGCAACUACCGAUGCACCUACACGGUUGCUUACGUCGUGGGGGCUGCCAUCAUCGCAGUCAGUGCCAGCACCGCGGCCCUGGCCGUCUUUUUCGUAUUCGAGUCUAGUUGGAAGACAGCCUGGUGGAGGCGCGUCUUGUGCGCCGCCGUGCUAGCAGGAGCCGUCUCGGGCAUGCAUUGGUGUGCCGCCGUCGGCACACAAUACGUCUUGGUUGGCAUGAGCACCGGCUCGGGCAUGUCUCGAGACACAACCAUCAUCAUUGUCAUCUGCCUGGCUAUCGCGGCCUUUUUGGUGACUGGUGCCUGCGCUGUGUACUCGAUCAUCGUCAGAAGAAGUUACGCAAGCAGAGCUCAGCAAGUUGUUCUUGCUGUGGCCGUCUUCGACAAGCGCGGCCGAAUUCUCGUCAACAAGGAGGGUCUGCUUCCGACAGAAGUUGUGACUGAUUCGUUGCUUCUCCGGUCUCAAGACGAAAUUUUCGAUACGAACCACCCCCUGUUUCACUGGGCUUAUCGUGCAUCAAGAAACUGGGCCAGCCUCUCGAAUCUCAUCACCCGCAUGGCUGCUCAUGUGGGCCAGUUGGUCCGACAGCGAUACAGCAAUAGCGUCAAGCUUAUGCAAGAUGAUGGAAGUCCCAUUCCCGAGUAUGACGUCGUUUGCUGCGAAUUGUUCAGUCUUGCCGCUGCUUCCCUCGCUUCCAAACUGAGGGUCAACCUGGCCGAUGUUGGCGUUUUGUGGGAUGAGAUCUUUGCAACCGGAAGCGCGCACCAGGGGUCAGAGGCCUACCAAGGUGACGAUAAAACGCUAUCAUCCUCCGCAAAACACGCGUCGAAGAUGACGGACUCGGACUCUCUUGCGGAAAAAGCCGAGAUAUCUCGUCUUGAGUACGGACGCGGUUCUCUUAUGGUACUCGUUCAACACGUGCGGACCCGACAUGUCGGCGAACAACUUGAAUCGCUUGGAUAUCGAUUCGCCGAGCUGGAUCAGGUGGUUGGCAUCAUGCGGUCAAGCAUGCAAAUCAAGACCCCGGACUUGGGCCUGCGCCUGCGACAAAUGGCAGCUCUAUCCGAAAACGAAACUUCUCUCGCCCCCGGAGUACACGUCGGAGCUUUCGCAAUCCGAGCUCGAGUAGACCACACCGGCUUUGAUGUGUUGGUGCGACGCCGCUCACGAGACCUACUACCGACGGUGCCGCUCCCCAUGGAGCAGCUGGAGCAACGUCACAUUGGCUACCUCAACCACUUGCAGAACCAGACCAUGACAGUCGUGGCAGACAGACUUGCGUUGUCAGUCUCCCAGAAUUCUGAUCUCGGCAAAUUUGCGUCAACCCUCCUCGAAGGCAUCAAGGAACUGCGCAGCACCUACGAAGACGAUGGCACAUUUGACAAUGCUAUUCUGAUGCAGCAGCCUAUCAAAAUACCGUGUUACGGUCGUGAGGGCAGUUCGGUCUCCCGCACCGCCACGGUCAUCAUGUUUCAACUUGUGCUUCCCAUUCACAACGUCAUCCACAUCCCCAAGUGUACUUUCAUUCCUCUGCGCUUCUUCAAGGUCAAGCAGCUUGCGCAAGAGAAUUCGCCAUAUCACCUCGACUUUUCGCACGCCGUCCAUCGCGACAUGUCUUCCAUUCUACAGAGCAGCACGAGCAACCCUAUCCGGGACGUUCUCGAGAAGUUCAAGCAGAAAACCAAGGAAGCACUUCCGUCUUCCGUCCCGCAUUCCCAGAGAGCCAAAGCUACAAAACGAGGUCGCCAGGGCUCGCGCGUUACAGGCGAGCGCUCAACGAGUCAGGCAAGACUAUCUCCUGGCAAAUUUGAAGACAACACGUCUCUCAAUGUCAGUGAUAGUUACAGUGAACUCGACGCGAAAGGGUCGUCCAUUGAUGGGGCACCCAGCGCCUCCGACGUGGAGCUCUCGCCACUCCGCGCUGUGACAUCCCCAAAACAAAACUUUGGUGGCAUCAUGGUUUCGCAAGAGAUCGUGGUCGAAACAGCCGAGCUACCAGGCGACCUUCCCAUAUACAACUCUGGCAGACGCAAGUCUGGAGUUGCCGUGACAGUCUCACAGCACCAGCCGGAGACAGUCACCUCCAGUGACGCGCGAAGCACCAAAGACAGCACUGUCGAUCUGCAAGCGGCAGACUCUCGGGCGGAUAUCUUGCAAAAAGAUCUCUUUUCACAGUCACGGCACGCGGCGGGGGCUUUCCGCGCCGAACAAAAUACAGAAAAAGACGCGGCCAUAUACGUCGACCAAUUGCUCUCGCUCUGCAUGCGAAAGCAAGUGACAAUUUGA